AGUGGGCGCACGUGACGUCGCGCCCGGAGCGCCGGGUACGUAGCGGGAGGGCAAGUUGGCCUGGCGGCUGCUGGGCCCGGCUCAGCUGCCGGGAGGAGGCGGCAAGCUAGACAGGACCCGGGUGGAGGCACAGCGGGGCUCAAGGAGGAUGUUACCUAGUAUUUCAAUGAAUUCCCCAAUGCAGGGGAACGGAGUGUUGAAUUCCAGGGAUGCAGCAAGACACACUGCUGGGGCAAAACGCUACAAGUACCUGCGAAGGCUUUUUCGUUUUCGGCAGAUGGACUUUGAGUUUGCUGCCUGGCAGAUGCUCUACCUGUUCACUUCCCCUCAGAGGGUUUAUAGAAACUUUCAUUAUCGAAAGCAAACGAAGGAUCAGUGGGCCAGAGAUGACCCUGCUUUCUUGGUCUUAUUAAGUAUCUGGCUCUGUGUGUCCACUAUAGGAUUUGGCUUUGUGCUGGACAUGGGAUUUUUUGAGACGAUGAAGCUUCUUCUUUGGGUUGUAUUCAUAGAUUGCAUAGGUGUUGGUCUUCUCAUAUCAACUUUAAUGUGGUUCAUCUCUAACAAGUAUUUAGUGAAGCGCCAGAGCAGAGACUAUGAUGUGGAGUGGGGUUACGCCUUCGAUGUGCAUUUGAAUGCUUUUUAUCCUCUCCUCGUCAUUUUGCACUUCAUCCAGCUUUUGUUCAUCAACCAUGUUAUCCUGACAGACACAUUUAUUGGCUAUUUAGUUGGAAAUACCUUAUGGUUGGUUGCAGUUGGCUAUUACAUCUAUGUAACCUUCCUGGGGUACAGUGCAUUGCCAUUUUUGAAAAAUACAGUCAUUCUUCUCUAUCCAUUUGCACCUCUCAUCCUACUGUACGGACUGUCACUGGCACUAGGAUGGAACUUUACCCGCACACUGUGUACCUUCUACAAGUACAGAGUGAAGUGAAAAGGAAGUGAGACUGUUACAUUUUAACUGUGUCAGCAGUAUUGGUGAAGUGAUUUCCUAUGAAACUUGUAAAUAAACUAUCAUUGUAGAUAUUAAUGGUGUAAAGUUUGCAAAUUUGAGGAAAUGGUAACACUAUUGUCAAGUACAUUCCUUAAAAUUAAUUAAAUGUACAUUUCUAUAAUAAAUUUUUUUAAGCUAAA